AAUGAUAUAGAAAUGAGCUUAAAAAGUUACUGUUGUUCUGUUGUGCCUUUAAAUUAUGGAUUUGCAGUGAAGGGGCUGAAUACAAAUGCACGCCACACGUUUCAAAUUCAUUUUGGUGCAGAUUUGUGAAAAUGGUUCAUUUCUUUUCCUCCUCUUCACUGUUAUGCAUUUCUUUAUAUUUAUCCUCCACAUAAACGCCACAACAAACCCAACAAACUCCACCAGUUUGUGGCUUUAAUGAGGGAAAACUGGAAAACGUGAAGGGAAUGUGAUAAAAACAGCAGCUAACAUGUGAAAUACUUUUGUUUUUUAAGCUGAACUUUGCUUGAUGACAGUCAGAUGUUUUUACAGUCAUAAAUAGGUUGGUUGUCGUCGUAUUUUCAGUAUUUUGACUCAAGUUUUCUCUUCAGUUUCACUGAGACGUUUCUGAAGAGCAGAACCGCCAACACUGACCUUGUUUAACACACAGAAACGCUGCAGAGUUCUCUCUCCUUUAUGCUCAUUUUUGAGUCAAAACUCCUUGCGAACUUGUGGGAGAUUUUGUUUUUUUACAGUGUCAUAUUUUAUUAUGAAAUCGGGUCAAACCAAGAACUGCAAAGAAGAAAGGAAUAAAAGUAGGAAAAGCAGAUGAAAAAGGAGGGAGGAAAUAUCAGCAGAUAUGGAAGAAUGUAGCCGGAAGUGACCCAAUUCUGAUUUUUUUUUGCCUUAAUGUUACCUGAAUCCGAUCUUUUCCAACACAGAUUGGAUUUUUCUCGACCCAGGCCACUUGGAUAUCCGAUACGCAUCCGAACUUUUCAAAUUUGACCCGAAUCUGAACGUUGCGAUACGUAUCGCCCCGCGCAUAUCGUUUGCGCCCCGAUACGCGCAAACGGGAAGAACGACAACAACCACAUCGGACUAUAAUGAAGAUUAAACUGUAAAUGUUCUGGCUCUGAUCGGAUAACUUCUAAAUCCUCUUCCUGCUCUGCCGUGUGGAAACCAUUUAAAGCGACCGGCCCGCCUUUGUCCCUUCCUGGUCCUUAACCCUUUCCCUUCCAUGUCCCUGGCCAACCCUGGACACCCCCUGGAAGAGCAUCGCUGCGUUAUUUGCCUCUUCUGCACAAACAUUCGGAUCAUUUCCCAUGUAGGUCAGGACUUUGUCAUGGAAGACUAGUAAGCAAAGAGAGCAAACACAACAGCAAUAAACCCAAGAAGAAGUGGAUGUAGAGACAACCAAAGGGAUGCUAUUUUUGGAAGAUGUAAUAUAUUUUAGGAUAUAUUUUAUACAUCUAACUUUUAGUACGAGCAAAUAGAAAAACAAGAGAGUUUGCACGUACAAUCCCCCCGUUAGGUUUCGUCACUAUCUCCACUCACACGCCGCGGUCUCAUGAUGAUGUGUGAGGUGAUGCCCACCAUAUCUGAGGAUGGGCGCAGCGGCGGCGGCGGAGGCCCCACCUCGCCGCCCGGGGCCGGGGUGGGCGGGGGCCCCGCCGGAGCCCUGGGCGGAGGGGGAUUCAGCAGCAGGGAGCCCAGGGGGGACGAAGGAGGCAGCACGGGGAACCUGGAGUCACUGAUGGUCAACAUGCUGACGGAGAGGGAGAGGCUGCUGGAGAACCUGAGGGAGACGCAGGAGAGCCUGGGCACGGCGCAGCUCCGCCUGCGCGAGCUCGGCCACGAGAAGGAGUCGCUCCAGAGGCAGCUGUCCAUCGCUCUGCCGCAGGAGUUCGCUGUGUUGACUAAGGAGCUGAACGUUUGCCGGGAGCAGCUUCUGGAGAGGGAGGAGGAAAUUGCUGAGCUCAAGGCGGAGAGGAACAACACACGUCUGCUGCUGGAGCACCUGGAGUGUCUGGUGUCCCGCCACGAGCGCAGCCUGAGGAUGACGGUGGUGAAGCGGCAGGCCCAGUCCCCUGCAGGCGUGUCCAGCGAGGUGGAGGUCCUCAAGGCUCUCAAAUCCCUGUUUGAGCACCACAAGGCCCUGGACGAGAAGGUUCGAGAGCGGCUGCGCGUGGCCCUUGAGAGGGUGUCCAUGUUAGAAGAUCAGCUCGCAGCGUCUUCUCAAGAGGUAAUCUCUUUAAGAGACCAAAUUAAAAGACGUCAGCAAGGGGUGGACGGCGGGAAAGAUCGGCUCCCCAACGGGCCCUCGUCUGGGCUGGAGGACGGGGAGCUGGAGAGGCAGAGGGAGGGGGAGAUAGAGCGGCAGAAAGCCGAGCUGUCCCAGCUGAGGGAGAGGCUGGCCCUCAUGUGCCGACAGGUUGGAGAAAUAGAGGAACAGCUUGCGGCCGCCAGGAGGGAGGUGACGAAGACGGAGGAGGCCAAUCAGAAGCUCCAAAGGGAAGUGAAGGAGGCUCUCUGCCAAAGAGAAGACAUGGAGGAGAGAAUUACAACGCUAGAGCGGAGGUAUCUCAGUGCCCAGCGGGAGGCGACCUCUCUCCAUGACAUCAAAGACAAGCUGGAGAACGAGCUGGCCAGCAAGGAGUCCCUGUACAGACAAAGUGAGGAGAAGAACCGGCAGCUGCAGGAGCGUCUGGACGAGGCCAAGCAGAAGCUGCAGCAGACGCUGCAGAGGGCCGAGACGCUGCCGGAGAUCGAGGCGCAGCUCGCUCAGAGAGUCGCUGCUCUCAAUAAGGCGGAGGAACGCCACGGGAACUUUGAGGAGCGACUACGGCAAAUGGAAGCCCAGCUAGAAGAGAAAAAUCAAGAGCUACAACGGGCCAGGCAGCGGGAAAAGAUGAACGACGAACACAACAAACGGCUCUCGGACACGGUGGAUAAACUUCUGUCUGAGUCCAACGAGAGGCUUCAGCUGCACCUCAAAGAGAGGAUGGCUGCGCUGGAGGAGAAGAACGCGCUUUCUGAGGAGCUGGCCAACAUGAAGAAGAUCCAAGAUGAUCUUCUCGCUAACAAAGAUCAGCUCCUGGCUGAGCUGGAGCGGGUCCAACUGGAGCUGGAUCAGCUGAGAGGCAGACCCGGCUCCUCCUACUCCAGGGCGGGCAGCGUGAGCUCACUUCCCUCCACCCUUUUUCGAAGAUCUCUUCCAGGGAGCGCCUCCGAGCUGCGGUACCCUCAGGGCGGAGGCUCGCUCCCGGCCGGCUACGGCAACUCCUCCAGUGGGGUGGUGGUCAGGCGGGCCCACCGCGGCCGCUGGGGCCCUCCCAGGGACGACGGCGGCAAGUAUGGAGACUGGGACGGCAGCAACAUGUUGCCUCCCGGGUUUGAGGGCGGCAUCGAAGGCGGCGGCUCUGAUGACGAAGACGACAGAGAGACUCUGUUCGGGUCUGAGCUCCUGUCUCCCAGCGGACAGACGGACGUCCAGACGCUGGCCAUCAUGCUGCAGGAGCAGCUGGAGGCCAUAAAUAAGGAGAUCAAGCUGAUCCAGGAGGAGAAGGAGAGCACGGAGCUGCGGGCCGAGGAGAUCGAGAGCCGGGUCAGCAGCGUGGCUCUUGAUGCCUCGUCUCUCCCUCCGUCCUCCCUGGGGGGUCGGGACAGCAUGGGACGGGGCUACAUGACCCCGUCCAUCACGUCCUCCACCCUGGCGUCUCCGUCGCCUCCCAGUUCUGGACAUUCCACCCCUCGCCUGCCCCACUCACCCGCCAGGGAGACCGAAAGACAGAAUAGCAAAGAGGGUGAGGAAUGCCGAGCGCUCGCCCUGAUCGACUCCACCCCUCCGCCCGUCCCCAGAGCGCUGCGCUUGGACCGGAUGACCCACACACACCCGGGAGCCGGCCUGGACGACCACCGCGAGUUCCGCAGUCUUUCAGCUGAUGGCGCCACCACAGCGAGCCAGGAUUCCCUUCACAAAGCCAGCAAAAAGAAAAGCAUCAAGUCGUCCAUCGGCCGUCUGUUUGGCAAGAAGGAAAAGGGGAGAAUCGGCACGUCCGGCCGGGAAUCUGCCUCUCUGGCCUCCACUCCGUCCGAUGACCUGGGCUCGGCCGACCCGCUGGGCCUGGCGAAGCUCGGGACGGGAACGGUGGAGAAAGAUCGGCGCAGCAAAAAGAAACAUGACUUGCUGGAGGAAGCCUGUCGUCAGGGUCUUCCUUUCGCCUCCUGGGACGGCCCCACUGUCGUCACCUGGCUGGAGCUGUGGGUCGGGAUGCCUGCGUGGUACGUGGCGGCGUGCCGCGCCAACGUGAAGAGCGGCGCCAUCAUGGCCAACCUGUCGGACACGGAGAUCCAGAGGGAGAUCGGCAUCAGCAACCCUCUGCACAGGCUGAAGCUGCGCCUGGCCAUCCAGGAGAUGGUUUCCCUCACCAGUCCGUCGGCGCCGGCGAGCACGCGCUCCUCGACCAGUAAUAUCUGGAUGACGCAUGCAGAGAUGGAGUCUCUCGCUGCCGCCACCAAACCAGAGCAGAAGGAGUUCAGCUGGGAUCAGAUUCUGGCCCAUGGAGACAUGAACCACGAGUGGGUUGGAAACGAGUGGCUGCCCAGUCUUGGUCUCCCUCAGUAUCGCUCCUACUUCAUGGAGUCACUGGUGGACGCCCGCAUGCUGGACCACCUCACCAAGAAGGAACUGAGAGGCCAGCUGAAGAUGGUGGACAGUUUCCACAGGGUGAGUCUUCACUACGGAAUCAUGUGCUUGAAGCGGCUGAACUACGACAGGAAAGAGCUGGAGAGGCGGAGGGAAGAAAGUCAGCACCAGAACACGGAUGUGAUGGUGUGGUCCAAUGAGCGCGUCAUGUGUUGGGUUCAGUCAAUCGGUUUGAAGGAGUUUGCAGACAACCUUUUGGAGAGCGGGGUGCACGGGGCCCUCCUGGCACUCGACGACACGUUCGAUUACACGGACCUGGCACUUCUUCUUCAGAUACCAAAUCAGAACACACAGGCGAGGCAGCUUCUGGAGAAAGAGUACAAUGCUCUGAUCUCUAUGGGAACAGAAAGGAGGCCUGAUGAGGACGGCACGAAAACGUUCACACGCUCCCCGUCUUGGAGGAAGAUGUUCCGGGAGAAAGAUCUCCGCGGCGUCACGUCCGAUUCCUCUGAGACGUUACCUGCCAACUUCCGUGCCUCUGCCAUCUCGACGCCCUCAGUCACGUUGAGGAAAGUCCAGAGCGAAGCUAACUCCGGUCCCAGAGGAGAGUCGGGUUCUGUGAGAACGUACUCCUGCUAAAGAUAAGCACACCAGAACCCACUUCUACUCCAACCUAAAGAAAAAAAACAACACAUUUUUUAAGAAUAAAAUACCGAAGAGCAAAAGCAAAAACGGACACCAGAAGACGACCGACAUCAUGUCCCAAAAUAAUCAAAGACAGUGUGUGAAUGAUUUCUGAAAAGAUGAGGAAAUAACGAGCGAAUGUCCAUUUAUCCACCAGUUUCUCUCUCUCUCUCUUUCUGUCUCUUCCUCUCCAUAGUUGUGGCAUGAUGAUGACGUUUGAAUCUGUAGAAAGUGGUCUGUAGAAAGUGACCAUCGCCUGUCGUGAAUUCAUCUUCUUUCUCUGAACGUGAGACGGCAAUAUUGACACAACGAAUUUACGAUUUAAGAAAUGCAUUCCUGUUCAGAUCGAGUGAAACGGUCGAUGUAUUUUCAGAUGAUCUGACUCUGAAAGGAGAAAACACUCCGAUGGAGAACUGACGUGUGUGUGUGGGUGUGCGUGUGUGUGUGUGUCUGUGCGUGGGUGUCUGUGUGUGUGUGUGUGUGUGUGUGUGUGUGUGUGCGUGUGUGUGUGUGUGUGUGUGUGUGUCUGUGUGUGGGUGUGUGUGCGUGUGUGUGAGUUCAGAAGCCAUAGAGGAACUGAGAUGCACAAAUGUGAACAGGACCAAUGAUAAGAGUUGGAAAAACUCUCAUCAUGAGAAACUCCUGCUCCGACCGGGAUUUAAAAAACAAACAAAGCGUUUAGAUAGGGAGCAUUUGUGUUAAUAUGCAUGCCAAAAUCUGUCAUUUCAGAGUGAACUUCAUGAUAUCAAUCAUCUAAAGAUGUGGAAGCUCGGGUCAGGACUUUGUAAAACGUGUGUAUUUUAUUUUUAUCAUUUUUAUGAUAACUGCUAUUGUAUGUAUGUACAGUUCGUAUGUGUGUAUUAAACCGUACGUUCAUUUCAUACUCAGUUUUAAGGCUGACUGUAAUUUCAUUUUGCGGUUGAUAAAAAGGAAAUAUGUUUUAAACUCUGGACAUUUAAGAUAUGCUACUUGUAUGUGUACAUUUUGGAGAAGAAACAAAAAAAGAAACGCAUUGUGUUAUGAUUUAAAUUCAUAUUACUGGAGAGUAGUGACAUAAUAUGAUGACAAUAAUAAAAAUGAUUGUAAAAGCUGUAAUUAAAAAAACAUACCUGUAAUGUGGCAGAUUGGAGUUUUUGCCUUAUGUCUGAUGAAGAAGUUUUUUUUUAAUUUUGUCACAUCUGCACUGAGAUCUAUGAAAACGGGGCAAAAAUCAAAUAUUAAUUUAAUCUGAUCUCUGAUUUCCCCAUGGAAAUACCUCACAUCAGUCUGCUUAUCACAAAUACAGAUGUGAUAUGAAUUGUAGCUGAAUUGUUGAAGCUCAGAAGACAUUAAUUCAGAAUAAUACAAGCUUAAACUUCAAACAAUCUGUAAAUAAUAAAUCCGUUUGAUUCUCAUUU